AGCCUAGCCUAGUACCGGGCAGAGCCGGAGGGAGUCGCUGUGGGAUGAGCUUGGAGCCGCUGCUCCUAGCUUUCCCUCCCCUCCCCUGAGGCUGACAUUAUUUAUAUACUUGCGGUGUUCUGUCUCUGUUACCCUUUCUUUUUCACUGCCCGCCUCAGCGGCCCGCCCGGAAGCCGCGGGAGGCGGGCGAGAGUGGGGGCCCUCGGGCUCGUGUUGCCGUUUCUAUCUUCCCUUCCCACGUAGCGCCCCGGCUCCUUGGCAACCCCCACUCUUCCGGGCUCUGGGGGACUGCUGCCUUCCUUUGGCACGGCCCCUCUCGGUGUCUACCACACUCACUCACCACCCCCACCCCCCCACCCCGUUCCUUGCUGGAGGGGAGGGGUCGCAGCUGCACAUCCCCCCUUCCUCUUUGUGGAGCUAUUGUACUGUGGGCUGGGGCCCGCUGUGGGGCUCCCGGCAGAUAAGCCUCUGUCGAUAGUGCACGUUGGGGGAGGCAUGCCUCUGCUCUGUCAUCCGUCCGCUUCCCCCCACGAGAAAAUGGGGCGAAGGGGGUGUGAGGGUGGUGGCGGGGCUCGGCCGCGCCGCAGUAGCGAAAGGCUGGAGCUGGGAGAGUUGCUAACGCGCCGGGCUGGGAGCACUGGUUUGCACACGCCACUGCCGCUGUCUGGGACACCCAGAGAGUGUGUGUGUGUGUGUGUGUGUGUGCAUGUGUAUGCGCGCGCUCUGCUCGCGCUUUGCUGGGUUCCUUUGUCUGCUGCUGCUGCCGCCGCCGCCGCUUUCCCCUCCUCCCUCGAUUCCUUCUUUCUCCUCCCUCCUCUCCUUUCUUUCCCCCUCCCUUCUUUCCCCUCUCUCCCAGACUCAAAACGCUGCUGCAGCUGCAGGUUUGUAAAUACUGGACCAACACACACAACAUGGCUGACGCUCGCCCUGCUCCUUCACCAGGCUCUCCUCUUUCUCCCUCUGUCUCCGCCGCUUAGCCUCUCCGCCAUUUAGGCUUUUGUUUCUUCCCCUUCAUCUCCCAUUUAAAAAAAAAAAAAGGAAAAACAAUUCACCCUCCUUAUUGCGCACAUGGCGGGAUUUCAAGGAGUGAUAUAAUUGAAAGUGCUUCUCCUUUAUUUGAGGAAGAACAAAUUGGUGAUUGGAUGGUGGAUUAAUAAAUAGCUGUUGUAUUACAAGAGUAAGAAGGUAUUUUGGGAGUUGGGAAGAACUGGAUUUUCACCCUAGUCUAGCAGCUUUGCUGCUCACUUAAACACAGAUGAAUGAAGACCCCAUUUGGAAAAUCACCAGGUCAGCGGUCCAGAGCUGAUGCAGGUCAUGCAGGAGUCUCUGCAAGCAUGAUGAAGAAAAGAACUUCCCACAAAAAGCAUAGAAACAAUGUUGGACCAAGCAAACCUGUUUCUCAGCCACGAAGAAACAUUGUAGGCUGCAGAAUACAGCAUGGCUGGAAAGAAGGGAGCGGACCUGUAACACAAUGGAAGGGCACAGUUCUUGAUCAAGUUCCUGUAAAUCCCUCUCUCUAUCUUAUAAAGUAUGAUGGAUUUGAUUGUGUGUAUGGACUAGAACUGCACAAAGAUGAAAGAGUUUCAGCACUUGAAGUCCUUCCAGACAGAGUUGCUUCAUCUCGAAUUAGCGAUGCCCACCUGGCAGACACAAUGAUUGGCAAAGCUGUGGAACAUAUGUUUGAGACAGAGGAUGGCUCAAAAGAUGAAUGGAGGGGAAUGGUCUUGGCUCGAGCUCCUAUUAUGAACACAUGGUUUUAUAUUACCUAUGAGAAAGAUCCUGUCUUGUACAUGUACCAACUCUUAGAUGACUAUAAAGAAGGUGACCUUCGCAUUAUGCCUGAUUCCAAUGAUUCACCUCCUGCAGAACGGGAACCAGGUGAAGUUGUGGACAGCCUGGUAGGCAAACAAGUGGAAUAUGCCAAAGAAGAUGGCUCAAAACGGACUGGCAUGGUCAUUCAUCAAGUUGAAGCCAAACCAUCUGUCUAUUUCAUCAAGUUUGAUGAUGAUUUCCAUAUUUAUGUCUACGAUUUGGUGAAGACAUCCUAGACGUCAUCAUGAACUUCUGCCAAAUUUGUGGAACUAUUAAAUGUAAAAUUUGUAGACACAAAGACUUGACUGUUUUUCAGUUAAAUGAAAGCUUAAAUGUCCCUGCGAACCCACAAUCUCUGCCAGCAAAACUGUUUUGUUCUGAAUAAUACAAAUUUAUGUGAACAUGACACAUUUCGCGUAAGAGAACUCCUUUUCUUGAAGGAAUUUGAUAUAUUUGGGUGGGAGGGAGUUAAAAGCAAAGAACAGCUGCAAAUUCAAGCUGUGUGAAGUCAAUCUAGUAUUGUAAUCUAGAUUUUUUCAUAGAUUUUAACUUUUUCUUCAACCUUGCACUCACCUGUUCAACUGCCACAUGCAAGUGUAGUUUGCUAUUUUUGAUAUGCCUUCUUUUGUAACAUUAAAUUUAAUUUCUUGGCUACUGGCAGUCCUUGUUUUCUGGGUUGGGACAGAGGUGACUCUUCUGAAAGGUUUAAACAGUUUGUGCAGCAGUAAGGAGUGCCUAACCCAAGUAACAACAAUCAUCUACUGUGUUUCUACACUUUAUUUCAAAUUAAGCUUUUUAAGAACUUGCAGUACAUGGAAAUACUUGUGCAUUUUUACUAGUCACAGGGCAGUAGGAUAUCAAGUGUUUGACAUGCACCUUUCAGUGAAAAUGCUUUAAACUAUAAAAAUAUAUUUAAUCUGUAUAACCAGUUAAUUAAAAAAUGCAGGUUAAGGGCCUGUGUUUACAAGUUGUAGGAACCAGUAAAAUACACACAACAAAGCUGCCUUUAAUCCUAAAUGUUGUACUCUGUUUUGUUAUAUACAUUUCUUAGCAGAACCGAAGUGCUUGGUGCCACAAGUUUAACAGUAUAUAUGCUACUUAAGAAGACUUUAGACUACACAUUGGCAAUCAGUAGUCUCUCAUUUAAUAUCAGAACCUAGCAACCUGGAUGUUUGUGUGUGGACUUAGAAACCUAAUAGUAGUUAAUCUUUUACAUGGUAAAUACAAUCUUAUGGGGGUGGGGGGUCCUUUUACACUGAAGACCUCCUUUAGAGAAGGAGAAGCAUUUGUUGCCUUCUCAGUCUGCUGUAUUCCUUUGCUUUGUUUUGUUUUGUUUGGGGUUUUGCUAUUGUUUUUAACCAUUUUGGUUCAAGAAGGCAUCUUCUCAAUGUAUUCUUUUUCUGGCUUUUCCAUGUAAGGAGUGUCCAGACAAAUCUACAGUUUAAACCUGUUGUUGCCUUUUGUGGUGUACUUGCUUUGAGGUAUGCUGUCAACAUGAAUUUCAUUCUAUGAACACUAGAGUUCUGCAUGCCAGUGGUGUACUAUCUAAUGGGAGCUAUAGACAGUCUCAGUGGUUCAGUCAUCUGCAUUAGAUUGUGGAUGUAAAUAGCAGCCCACAACAGCAGAAUCCUUUCACAGUUUUAAUCUUGCAAGAUAGUUGUAAAUCAAGGUUAGGGUAUUUGUUGGUUUUUAAGUGUAGCAACUUUUAAAAGCAUCAGAAUUGUAACAAGGAUCAGCAUAGCAACAAAAUUGUCAUGUUAAAGCAGAGCUCUACAAGCUUCAAAGCACUGCUUCACAGAAAUACAGUAUGUGAAGAAUGUGAAUACAGUCAACGCUAUUGAUGGAAAGAAGGAACAUAUAGAUAUCCAACCUUAUGCUGUUAGUGGAAAGAUGCAGGAGAGGUACUGUUAAUCAGAGAUCAGAGGUCUGACCUCUAUUGUGGGUAUUCUUGAUAUCAAAGAUUCAGUGGUUUAAGUCCCUUUCUGUCCAUAUUUUUGGCCUGAUUUCAUAUUUUAGCCUUAAGGCUUGUGCCUCAUUAUGCUGUUAGAUGGUAAUACUGUAUAAAUAUGGUAUCUUAAUUCUUUGUCCCUUGCUACUAUAUUGCAUUAUGUCCUGUAUUUCGUCAUGGACAACCAAAGGCAGGCUAUUGUCUUUCAGUUCACAGCUUCUCAAUCCAGUCUUUAAGCACUAAAUACCUGAGUCAGUAAAUUUUUAUUGUGUUUUGAAUGAAGUGAGCAGAUUUGCAACACAGUGCUUUCAUCCUGCAGAUCUGUUAUGUGCUUUCUAUUGACUCUUAAGAGUCCUGCAUGUAAAUCUCAAAGCUGAGCCUGGCUCCAUGAGCCCAAGUUGAUAUUUGUGGCACAAGAAUAAGUGCAUUGCUUACACACAAAAUACAUGAAUAACUUAGUACAAUGAAUUUUGGGCUUUACAUCUAAGGAAUACAAGGUUUGUUUUGAAAUAUUUGAGGUUUAGGUCUACUGGAACGUUUUUAGCAUUAGGCUUGCAUUUGUGGGUUUUGUGCAAGCCACUCUAAUACACCAUAUAUUUUGCUAAUUAGAAUAUAAUCUAUACACUGUCAAAUUUUAUGGUUGUUUUUAGAUGUCCCCGUUGUCUGUUGCAUGGGUUUUUUUCUUUUCAUCUUUUUUAUUAAGGUUUGGGGGGGGGUGGUUUUGGUUUUGUGGUGGUUUUUUUUUUAAUAGCUUAAACCACCUUUUUGAGACUUGAGACUAAUUCCACUCCCUGCCAUCUGCUUUGGGCUUUAUUUUAGGCUCAUGUUUCAGAUCUGCAUGCAGUGCUUGCAUUACCCUAGUAACUACAUGUUGGUCCCUUGUUCUAGGGGUUCAACAUUACUUUCCAAAUUUAUCAUAGGUCUUGUGAUGGCACAAGCCAUGGAUCUUUGUAUAAAAGUUAUUGGCCUCUCUCAUUUACCUGCUGUAGUAUUGUUGUAUAUUGUGUGUGUGUGCAUGAUGUCAGGCUGCUAUGUAAAACUUUUAAAAAGGAAAAAAAAAAAAACCCUUAAAUGCA